CUUGGAGCAGCGAGCGGGCGAGCGGACGGGCGGGGGCGGGGCGGCCCGUGCGGCGGCGCGGUAUGGCGGGCGGGGCUCGGGAGGUGCUCACUCUGCAGCUGGGCCAUUUUGCGGGUUUCGUGGGCGCUCACUGGUGGAACCAGCAGGAUGCUGCGCUGGGCCGAGCGGCCGACGCCGAGGAGCCACCGGGAGAGCUGUGCCCCGACGUCCUCUACCGGACGGGCCGGACGCUGCACGGCCAGGAGACCUACACGCCACGACUCAUCCUCGUGGAUCUGAAGGGUAGUCUGAACUCCCUAAAAGAGGAAGGUGGACUGUACAGAGACAAACAGCUGGAUGCUGCAAUAGCAUGGCAGGGGAAGCUCACCACACACACAGAGGAAUCCUGUCCAAAGAACCCUUAUCUCCAGGACCUUUUGAGUGCAGAGGGAGUGCUUAGCGAUGGUGUGUGGCGGGUUAAAUCCAUUCCCGACGGCAAAGGUCCCCCACCACUCACCCCAGCUGCAACUCCAAAACCACUUACGCCCUCAGAGGGCAGCAUCAGAGUGUGGUCGGACUUCCUCCGUGUCCAUCUCCAUCCCCGGAGCAUCUGUGUGAUUCAGAAGUACAACCAUGAUGGGUAUGGGGGUCAGAGGCUGUGUUUGUUUGGCAAGAGAUGCGGUUCCCCACCAGUGCUGGAUGGGGCUCUUGCAGCCAUCUUCCCCCAAACGAAAAACAAAAGAGUUGGAGGCAUUGAGGGCAAGGGUUGUAAGUCUCGGGUCAUGUUUAUUCCUGGCAGGGAGGAAGGUCGCCUGGAGGCUUUUGGCCAAGGGGAGAGUGUCCUGAAGGAACCCAGGUACCUGGAAGAGCUGGAGGACAGGCUGCACUUCUAUGUGGAGGAAUGUGACUACUUGCAGGGCUUCCAGAUCCUCUGUGACCUGCAUGACGGUUUCUCUGGGGUAGGCGCUAAAGCAGCAGAGUUGCUACAAGAUGAAUAUUCAGGGCGCGGAAUCAUAACCUGGGGCCUGCUGCCUGGGCCCUACAGUCUUGGGGAGCCCCAGGAAAACCUCUACCGUCUGAUAAACACAGCUUUUGGUCUGCCCCUUUUGGUCAGUUUGGCUGCUUAUGGCUCUCUUACCUGCCUUAUCCUUGGGCAAGAGCCUGGGCCUGUGACCUCACCUACCUGUCAACUUUCCCCUUACCAGCACUAUGGUGUAAGGCUCAGCACUCUUAUUCUGAGGUACAGGUCCUGGCGCUCCUCACACUAACCGGCAACCUCUCUCUGUCUGUUAUUGGCUCUGUUCGUGACUCCUGGGCUUGAACUCAGCUCUGGUGUGGCCUCUUAGAUCACGGUUUGCUUUGUGUGUCUUGGGAUAAACACAUCCCUGCUUCAUCUCCCAGACCUCAUGGCCAUUAACACUCUGCCUCCAUCCACCCUUUCCAGGUCCAGAAGGCCAAGCAUGACUCUCGGGCUCCUCUUUGGAGGGCACUUUGCCCUUCUCCUGCAGUGUCACAUGGCUAUAACCCUGGACACAGUCCCUGUUCCUAUCGCCUGCGUUCCUCUCCACUUUCCAUGGUUCAUCUCGCUGCUAUGCUGAGCUUCUCUGGGGAAAAGGUGUAUGAAGCUGUACGUGGGGUUUGGUCAGCCCUGUUCAUAACCCUGGUCUGUAAUGUCUCUUCCAUGUCUUUAGGUGAUGACACCAGAGUGAUCAUCCCCUUUCCUUCCUUAGGUUCCAGGCCAGUCCCUUCUUGAUACUCUGCUGCAGUUUAGACACGCUACCCAUAGACCCCACUGUCUGCAUGUAGCAACCCUUCUGGAAUACGAUGCUUUGCCCAGUCAGUGGUGCUGAGAAGUAUAAACAGAGCUUAACACAAGGGCACAGAUAGAUGGCAUUCCUGAGCUGCGAAGAUCAGGCAGACUCUGGUUUCGGUGGCAAUCCCUCCGUAUCCCAGUGCCUUAUGCUUCAGGUAAGCCUAAACAGUACUUGCCUUCUUCAUCUCCUCCAGGAAGCCCAUGGUAUUCCAGAGGCAAAAGGCUAUGAAAUAGGUUAGGGGACGAGAGAAGGGAAGGGCUCAGGCCAAGAAGACAACAAAGAAAGCAGGGCAGGAAGGACUACCUCAGUGAUCUCUUGGGGAAGGCAGUCUGCGCAGCCCUGGAGGACCUUGAUGAUCUUCUGGUGGUGCGAGGGAUUCUCUGCGAAGCAAAUCUCCAGCUACCGAAGGAAUUUGCGACUCUUCUCAAAAGCCUGCUGCUCCUCAAACUACCAGAGUGAAAGCAGGCAAAGGGGGGGCCACUUUACAGCCAGAGCAGGCCUUGAGGAUUCUAAGGAUAAGAACCAGUGAGCCGGGGCGUGGGGGACAAAACCUAGUGUACAGCCCCAGUUUACAACGUUAGUUCCCAACUGUGAAGUCUCAUUUAAAACCCUAGCAUCCAUCCACGUUGGGCAACUGGUGGCAUCCAACCAAAGUAAAUAUGAUGUGAAUAAAAGAUCCAAAAGAUG